AUGAGGCCUGGCCAAAGCGAAGAGACCCUGAGCGGCCGCACACAAGGCGAUGAAGGGGCGAAUCCGCAGCAGCAGCAGCAGCAGCAGCAGCGGCAGCUGCAGCAGCAGCAGACGCUGCAGCCGCAGCAGCAGCAGCCGCUGCAUCAGCGCUUGUUGCAACAAGCACAAGAAAGAAAUAAUCUCCCUAAGACCUCCGCCAGCCUCCCCGUCAGCUCUCGUGUUGCUGCAGAGGACCUUCGAAGGCCGCCCACAGCAGCAGCAGCAGCAGCAGCAGCACCAGAAGCAGCAGCAGCAGGACGCCAUCGCAGAGCUGCUCGACCGGGAGGGCACUUUCGCCCUCCUCCUGCAUCUCCACGGGCCCCACUAUCCCGCUGCAACGCUUUGUAUGCACAGCCUUAUACUGUACAUACUGCUGCAUCGGAGCUGCAGCAGCUGCAAAACAGCAGUAGCAGCAGCAGCAGCAGCAGCAUCACCAGCAGCAGCAGCAGCAGCAGCAACAGCAGCAGCAACAGCCUAGAAGGAAUAGCAACGCAUCAGACAGCGAAAAAACAGCUGGGGACCCCCAAAUCUUCUAUACCCCUCGGCAAACAGCAGCAGCAGCAGCAGCAGCAGCAGCAGCAUUCAAAUGGAGACUUCCUCCCCAGCAGCUCUAAGAAGGGGCGCCCACCGGCCUCAGGAAUUCUUUCAGGGGCGCAUCGUUCAGCAGCAGCAGCAGCAGCAGCUGCUGCUGCUGCUGCUACUGCUGGGAGUCGCGUGGGGGCACCGUUGCUGCCUGGUGAAGUCUUUCUGCAGACCUUCAGCCGCCUUCGUGCUGCUGCUGCUGCUGCUGCUGCAGCAGGGAAGCCCAGGAGAUCAAUUCCUAAAAAUGCUGCUAUUUCUAUGCAGGGCGCUCCCCCGAUUAGAAUCUUUUGCGGCACCUGGAACUGCCAGUAUCAGGAGUUCCCCGUGAGCGUCCUUACGAACAACAAAACAGCAAUGCACGUUGUUGACUCUCUGAAAGACAGCAGCAGCAACAACAACAGCAGCAGCAGCAGCAGCAGCAGCAGCAGUGGAGGUGUAGUAAGGGUGCCCUCAUCCCCGCGUUUAUGUGAAGAGAGUUUGCCGGAUAUCCUUCCAGCAGAAGUUGUAGCAAAAAUCGGAGAAGACUUUGAAAGUUUAUGCAGCUCUUAUGAAGAAGAAGAAGCAAAGACACCUGCAGCAGCAGCAGCAGCAGCUGCUGCUGCUGCAGGUGCAGCAGGAGGUGCAGCAGGAAGGGGUUCCAGCGGUUCUUCCGUUCAUCUCGCACCCCCUGCUUCGCCUGCUGCUGCAUCUUCACCUGCUGCUGCUGUUGCUGCUGCUGGGGCUUCUCAGCCUGUUGCUACUAUUAGAAGACGAGAUCUUGUACGCUGCAGCACGAGGCAUCUCACAGCAGUAAAAGGAGAAGAACAGCCGCUCAGCGAUUGGCUGCUGCGGGGCUAUGAUGUUUAUGUUAUUUCUCUGCAAGAAACCCUAGGGCAGAGUAUCUUCGAUACAGUGACUGUUUACCUCUCUACUAUUAAUGGUGUUUCAUUCAAAAGAAUUAAAUUUGCUGAAGACAAACUCUCGGGUUUAGGGGAUGGGGCCUGGAUGCAAUUCAAAAGCACAAGUUUAGCGGUGUGGGUUCGCGAAGAUAUUCACGGAGAAGGGAAGCCAGUUGAGCUCGUUACUUCAAAGGCCGCCUCAGUCAGCUUUCUAUCUGGAAGCAAAGGAGGCGUCAGCGUUUGUUUGAAGAUAUGGAAUCAAUAUUUUUGUUUUUUGGGGUGUCAUAUGCCUUCGACUUCUCCUGAAGAUAGAAAGAAAGCUCGAGGAGUAGUAGAACAGCGUUUGUUAGAGUUCUAUGGCGGGGCUUCAUCCUGGCUUGACGCAUUUCAUCAUAUAUUAUGGAUGGGCGACUUCAACUUUAGAACACAGCGCAUCUCUGUGCAGAGAGCAGUGUCUCUGUUGAAGCAGUCUCCGACGGGUCUGUUAGCAUUUGACGAAUGGCUGGGGCCUCACGGUGAAGAUAUGCGGGCAUCAGGUUUUACAGAAGCCCCAAUUCGGUUUCCUCCAACGUACAAGAAAGCAGACGGCAGACCUCCGAUUGAUUUAAAACGCUCCUCAUGGGUUGAAGAAGAAUAUCAAACAGAGAUGAUAACGCAGUGGUAUAAAGGGGCCAGGCAUCAAGAGCGCAUUCCUUCGUGGACAGACAGAAUAUUUAAAUGCUCCUCAGCAGAAAUCUCAUCUCUCCUUCGCCUUCAGCCAGACACAUACUUCUGUGCAAUGCCCGACCACCCUUCUUUCUUAAUAGCGAGCGAUCACUCGCCUGUGGGUUUGGGUUUAGAAUGUUUUCCUCUUGAUACUGCAUUUUCUCUGCCUUCUGUAUCGCUGAGUAUUAAAGGCAAUAGGAAGAGUAAUAAUCAAAACGCACAAAAAGUAGUUAAUACCGCAGCAACAACAGCAAUGAAAGAAACAGAAGGAGUAGAAUAUGAUAUGUACGCGGAGGGUUGA